CUCUUAGUCCGUGCAGGUGCUAAACUGGAUAUUCAGGAUAAAGAUGGGGAUACUCCCCUGCAUGAAGCCCUGAGACACCACACCCUGUCACAGCUCCGCCAACUUCAAGACAUGCAAGAUGUGGGCAAGGUAGAUACUGCUUGGGAGCCAUCAAAGAACACAUUAAUAAUGGGACUUGGCACUCAGGGGGCAGAGAAGAAAAGUGCAGCAUCUAUUGCUUGCUUCUUGGCAGCCAACGGAGCUGACCUCAGCAUUCGUAAUAAGAAGGGUCAGUCUCCUCUCGAUCUCUGCCCUGAUCCUAGUCUCUGCAAAGCACUGGCUAAAUGUCACAAAGAAAAAGUCAGUGGCCAGGUUGGUUCCCGAAGUCCAUCUAUGAUCAACAAUGAUUCUGAAACCUUAGAAGAAUGUAUGGUGUGUUCAGACAUGAAGAGAGAUACUCUGUUUGGCCCAUGUGGACACAUUGCCACAUGUUCUCUGUGCUCACCACGAGUGAAAAAAUGCCUCAUCUGUAAAGAACAAGUUCAGUCUAGGACAAAGAUUGAAGAAUGUGUAGUGUGUUCAGACAAAAAGGCAGCUGUGCUUUUCCAGCCUUGUGGUCAUAUGUGUGCCUGUGAGAAUUGUGCAAGCUUGAUGAAGAAAUGUGUACAGUGUCGGGCAGUGGUUGAGCGAAGAGUGCCUUUCAUAAUGUGCUGCGGAGGGAAAGGUACAGAAGAUACCACUGAUGAUAUUUCAAGUGGAAACAUUCCAGUUUUGCAGAAAGACAAAGACAACACCAAUGUCAAUGCAGAUGUACAGAAGCUGCAACAACAGUUACAAGACAUUAAGGAACAG